AUGGUCAACCCCACUGUGUUCUUCAACAUCGAGGCCGAUGGCCAGCCCUUGGGCCACAUCUUCUUUGAGCUGUUUGCAGACAAAGUUCCAAAGACAGCAGAAAACUUUCGUGCUCUGAGCACUGGAGAGAAGGGAUUUGGAUAUAAGGGUUCCUCCUGUCACAGAAUUAUUCCAGGAUUCAUGUGCCAGGGUGGUGACUUCACACGCCAUAAUGUCGCUGGUGGCACGUCCAUCUACGGGGAGAAAUUUGAAGAUGAGAACUUCAAACUGAAGCAUACAGGUCCUGGCAUCUUGUCCAUGGCAAAUGCUGGACCAAACACAAAUGGUUCCCAGUUUUCUAUCUGCACUGCCAAGACUGAGGGGCUGGUUGGCAAGCAUGUGGUUUUUGGGAAGGUGAAAGACGGCAUGAACAUUGUGGAAGCCAUGGAGCGUUUUGGGUCCAGGAAUGGCAAGACCAGCAAGAAAAAUCACAAUUUCUGACUGUGGACGACUCUAAACUAAUUCUUUUGACUUGCGGGCAUCUUACCCAGCAGACCAUUCC